AUGAGCAACCCUAUUGAGCAAUUCGACAACACUUAUAAAGGAUUAACUUAUGCUUAGCGUCAGUUCCAUUUCAGAGGCCUUAUUAGCAGUCAUGAACAAUCUAAUUCUCCUUAUUUAGAUUUGAUUUACAAAGAAUAUUUAAGAAGAUAUCCUUUCAAUUCAUACUAUUGGAAUAGAUAUGCUCAACAUGUUAAAAACACAACUUAAUCAGCAGAAGAAUCUGAAAAGAUCUACUAAUACGCCAUCCAAAUGAAUCCUAGAUCCUACGAUUUAUGGCACUGUUAUAUUUCCUCAGUCAAAAGCGAUAAAAACGAUACUGCUGAAGAAGAAAAAGUUAUCAAGCUCAUUGAAUAGGCUUUGCAAUAUAUUGGAUACGAUUUCAACAGUGCCAUCUACUGGGAAGACUUGAUUCGUCAUUACUCUGAAAAUAAGGAAGAAUUAAUUAAGCUCUACAGAAGAGCCUUGAGCAUCGUAACUAAAAAUUUCGAUGACAUCUAUGAAUAAUACAACGCCUUCUUCCAAUUCUGUUCUCCUGAUCAAAUUAAAUCCUGCUAUAAUGCAAUUUUGGGUACCUAACCUACUGAAGGUCAAUCUCAAGAUUCCAUGAUAUUGCAAAUCAAGAAUAAUAUUUCUAAUUACAGUGAAAGAACCAAGGCUAUCUCACAAGAAGUUUAAGGUUUUGAAUCUAAACUUACAAAAACUGAAUAUGAUGGUGAAGCUAACAACGAAUUAAAUGUUUGGAAUCAAUAUAUUACUUUUGCCAAGACUAAAUUAGCUCCUGAAUAAGUUAUCUUCCUUUAUGAAAAAGCCUUAAUCAGCCAAUGUGAUAAGGAAAGCUUAUGGGUUGAAUUCUUCCACUAUUUGGAGUCAUAAAAUCAACAUUCUGUUGCUUUGGGAAUUUGCAGAAAAUAAGAAGGAUUUUUGAAAUACAUUAACAUCAAUAACUUAUUGCUUUAAUGGGCUGAAUUAGAAGAAUUAUACUAAUCAUACGACCAAGCCAGAGAAGUUUACAAAUUUGUUGUCUCUCAUGAAGGAGAUAACUACUUAAAGAACUUAAGUAGAUGGGCUUAAUUCGAAAAAAGAGUCAGUUCUUAAGUAGAAAAGAUCACUGAAAUAUACGAAAAGUUAUUGUCUAACCCUAACUAAAAGCCUGAUGUUUAACAAUGGGCCAUAAACGAGCUUUGCAAAUUAUUAGCUGGUAGCGAAAGAAAGCAAUAAGCAUUAGUAAGAUACAUCCACUUCUUCGAAUCUCAACCCAUCAAUAAAGUUAAUUAUGCCCAAUUACUCCAAUUUGUAUCUUAAUACUUCUCAUAAGAACCUAAUUUGAUUGAAACUUUGUCUGAAGUCUACGUUAAUGCCAUUAAUGCUUCUAAGAAGAACGCAUCUGAACUCAAGAAUAUUGUUAAUAUGAGUAUUAGCCAUCUUAGAACUAUUUCAUACAACAUCAAUGAAAUUAGAAUCACUGAAUAAAAGAUCAAGGCUGCUGAAAAUCAAUAAGGUUAAGCCAAUGGUGAAAGCUUAUUGAAGAAGAGAAGCAUCGUCUAAUUAGUCGGUGAAGAAUCUAUCAAUGGCUACGAUAGCGUUCACAAGCAAAUCAAAACUAACUGA